AUGUACGCGCGGCGUUUCCCAGCGGCUCAAGUAGUUGUUGGCAGCCGCGACUUGUACCUCCGUCUUGGAAUCUCAAAAAGAAAAAUGGAAAGUUUGGAAGCGUAUAAGAUUCUCCUUAUGAAAUUGGAGAGGCUCUGGAAUGCGCGGAAUGAUGCGUGGAGUAUGAGCAUAGGAAGUUUGGUGUCGGGGGUGACUCCCCCCGGAGGCCCGGGAGGAUGCGGCGUGCCCUGGGUGCGGUGGCGAGGCCCCCUGCUGCUGGCGGCCCUGGUGCUGGCGGCCGUCAGCUCAGCCGCAGGGGGCGGUGACGCCGAGGGGCGCGACUCGCUCUUCAUCGUAGAGCGCUUCGAGGACGACCGAUGGCAGGAGUUCACGCACCUCACGGUCGACAAGAACACGGGCACCGUGUACGCGGGGGGCGUGAACCGGCUCUACCAGCUGGACCCGAACCUGCGGCGCCUGCAGUACGUGAUGACGGGCCCCGUGAACGACUCCGUGGAGUGCUCGGCCAGCGACUGCAAGGGCGAGACCAUCCAGAACAUGAAGGCCACCAACAACGUCAACAAGGUGCUGGUGAUCGACUACACGCGCUCGCGCCUCAUCGUGUGCGGCACCGUGCGGCAGGGCUCGUGCCAGGUGCGCGAUCUGCGGGACAUCACGCAGCUGACCCGCAACGUGAGUGAGGCCAUCGUGGCCAACAACGCCACGGCGUCCACCGUGGCCUUCAUCGCUCCGGGGCCGCCCAACCCGCCCGUCACGCACGUGCUCUACAUCGGCGUGACGUACACGGGCAAGUCCGUGUACAGGGACGAGGUGCCGGCCGUCGCCUCGCGCUCGCUCGAGGACAACCGCUUCUUCGACAUCGCCGUGACCGACGUGACGACGAGCACGCGGAUGCUGGUCAACUCGCUGGCGCGCGAGCGAUACCCCAUCACGUACGUGUACGGCUUUGGCUCGGAGAAGUUCAGCUACUUCCUCACGCGGCAGAUGGAGGACACGGACGCGGGGUCUCCGUACAUCAGCAAGCUGGUGCGAGUCUGCCAGAACGACUCGGCCUACUACUCGUACACGGAGAUCCCCAUCGAGUGCAAGGACCAGCAGGGCAAGCGCUACAACCUGGCGCAGGCGGCCUACGUGGGCAAGCCGGGCACCGACCUGGCCACGCAGCUGGGCAUCCAGACCAACGACGACGUCCUCUUCGCCGUGUUCUCCCCGUCCGACCCCACCGAAGGGGAGGGCUCGCCCCGGCCCGCCGACAGCAGCGCUCUCUGCGUGUACAGCAUGAAAUCCGUCAGACGCAUGUUCAUCAACAACAUUCAGGAAUGUUUUAGAGGCAAAGGCGACCGAGGACUCAACUUCAUCUCUCCGUCGCACCACUGCAUCGAGACG